AUGAUAUUGCAUACGUCGCUCACCUCAUCCACAGUAAACCUGAGAAACCAGCUGGGUGUUGAGGGGAAGACCACGCGUGUGGAGGAAGGCGACGAGCCCGUUGAGUUCCUGAGUGUGCUGCCAGUGCCUCUAAGUGUACAGUCAGGCCAAGGCACAGUAUCGAGUUUCUAUGCCAUCGAAGAAACUGGUUCUUCGUCAGUGCGGUUAUACCGAAUACAUAGCGGUAGGUUCAUGAUGAGCGUGUGGUGA